AUGAAAUCUUCCGAGUGCCAAGCCAUGGGCGACCGCGUGCUCGUGCUCGCGGACAAGGCGGAGAGCCAAACCAAGGGUGGGCUGUUUUUGGCGGGCGGCGCGGGCGCGGGCGGACCGGGAUCGAGCGUCACGGGAAAAGUGGCGAGCGUCGGUGAAAACGUGAAGGGAAUCAAAAAAGGGGACGCGGUGCUGAUCAAUGGAUUCUCGGGGACGGAGGUUGAGUUCGAGGAUGGUGAGAAGGGGAAGUUUAUCAACGCCGUCGACGUGUUGGCGGUGCUCGGAUAG